UGGUGCAAGUACUGUACGGUCUAGUCUUUUCGUUCUCUGUCCGUUUCGUUCUCUAACUGACAUCGCGGGGUGAGAUGAGAAAUAGCAAAUCGGCUGCAACUCGAGUCGUUCUUCGGCUGUUUAGUAUGGCUUUUGGUGUCGUAGUGCUCGCCUGCAUUGCUGACAAGCUCUUCGUCAAAGCCUCUUACACUAAAGUAUGCAUUUUCGACUUGAAAAAUUCAGCUUGUGAGUUUGGUUUGGCUUGUGGCUCGCUGUCUCUGAUUCUGUCCGUCGUAUUCUGUACUUUGGACUGUGUGGCUUUUGUGCGUGAGAUCAAAAAUCCAACUCGUCAAAUCAUCAGCGUUACGAGCGGCGUGCUGGACUUCGUCAUGGCAAUCUUGUGGAUCGCCUGCUUUGGCUAUUUGACACGAACUUGGAUUGAUAUGACUAAAUACGGAUACAGUUUCAGUACAGGGACCAACGGACGAGUGUAUGCAACUCUCACUUUCAGUUUUCUGUCAAUUCCUGUAUGGAUCAUCAUGGCGGUCGUCGAUUUUCGAAAUCGAGCUGAUCUUGAUGCCUCUCGUACAAACCAAGCCACUACUGUCUGCUAUCCUGUAAACCCUCCUGUCUACUGUCCUGGGUAUUCUCCUGGCAACUCUGCAAUAGUCUACCAUCCUGCACACCCUACUCAGUCGAGCAACUGUGUGAUCCAGCCUUUUGUGUAUCCUCCUGGCUACCCUCUUGACCACCCUCUCGCCUACCCUGCUUUCACAAUGAAACAGUAGAGUGCUUGUUAACAAUGCUGGUAAUUGCAAACGUAACGUUUAGCGUGUUUGUGCAAUUGGGUAUCUUGAUAGUUGGAAAUAGUGUGUAGAUACGCCAAGCUGGUUGUUGUAUAGCUCA